CUUUGUAUAAACCUGGCCUGCAUCGCCGAGCGCGUGGAUGAGCAGCUGCUGCCCUCCCUGUUCCGCUUCGUGGGUCACUCCUUCUCAGCGAGUCCCUCGCAGCUCGGCCAGCUGACCUUCUCUCGAGCAGUGGUCCAGGCGCUCGCCUCGCCCCUGGCGGGGGUGCUGGGCCACCACAUCAACCGAGUGCAUGUCAUCUGCUGCGGUGCCGCUCUCUGGGGCCUCAUGUGCCUGGGCUUUGCCACCGCCAGCUCUGUGGGCCAGGGCCUGGCCUUCUGGGCAAUCAACGGCAUCGGGCUCGCCCUGCUCCUCCCUGCAGCACAAAGCAUCACUGCCGACUAUUAUCCGCAGCACCGCGGCCGCGCGUUUGGAACGCUUCACUUCACGGGCGCCGCCGGGGCGGUGCUGAGCACGCUGUUUGCCACCAACAUCGGCGGGGUGCGCCCGCUGGGCUUUGAGGGCUGGCGCUUCGCGUUUGUGUCUGUGGCCCUGGCCAGCUGGUGCGUCGGCGCGUGCACCUUCUUCUUUGCGGUGGACCCCAGGAGGAGCCGGGACCCCCAGUACAGGUGUGGCAGCACGCAGCGCGUCCUUGGGUGUGCUGGGCCGGCGUACGUGCGUGCUGUGCAGAUCUUGAUCUGGCUGAGCAGGCCGGCUGGAGCACACGCCACUGGCAUUGUUGGCACGGCGCCGUGGGUCGCCUUGGUGUACCUCACUUUCAGUUUCCAGCUGAUGGGCAUGAGCGAUGUGCAGGCCUCGCUGCUGAUGGCCAUCUUCCUGGCCACCAACGCUGUUGGCGGCCUGAUUGGUGGCAUGCUGGGCGACUGGGCUUCGCGGCGCUGGCCCAACCACGGGCGCAUCUGCGUCUGCCAGUUUUCUGUGGGCGUCGGCGUGCCGCUCUCUCUCGGCCUGCCGCUGAGUUCCAGCCCAGGCGCGGUUGCGAUGCACGCCGUGGUGCUUGGAGUGAUGGGCCUCGCCAUCUCCUGGCCAGCACCCGCUUGCAACAACCCCAUCUUUGCAGGCGAGGCAGGGGGCAUAGUGCCACCACACAUGCGGAACUUGAUUUAUGCGUUUGAUCGCAGCUUUGAGGGAGCCAUCGCGGCGCUGGGCGCCGCGCUUGUUGGCUGGCUGUCCCAGGCUGCUUAUGGCUUCAGUGGCGCGGCUGAGGUGGGGCCCGACGCCCUAGUCAAUACGGCAAAGUCAGAAAGCCUAUCAUCGGCGCUGCUGGUCUUCACCACUGUGCCAUGGGCGCUCUGUGCCGUUUUCUACAGCGGCUUGCAUCUCACCUAUCUCCGCGAUCGGCGGCGUGCC